AUGGUUGUUAUGGAGAUGCAGGCAGGAGGUGUCGAUGCGGCUGCGCUACGUCAACAAUUUGGAGACUCAGGUCCCGCUGCUGCUCAUGGACAGACAGACACCAGGGAUGCCGGGGAGAUGCUGUCAGGCAGUGCGGGUGAGGCUGCGUCGACCUGCCAACUCGUAGACCUAAGUGCCGCUGGCCAUGGACUGGUUGAUGGCUCAGAUGGGGUUCCAGCUUUGGAAGACAGGCCUGAAACGGUGACUCCUGCUGAUGCGGAAGUCGGCUCAGCGGAGGAGAGGCAGCCUCCUCUCCCCACUUCGGCUGGGAUGGGCAAGCCGUAUUUUUCAUCGUUUGAGGACUCACGGUUGAUAGCACCUGCUUUGGUGGCUGCCGAGGGUAGUGAUGAUGUGAUGAUUGAGGAGGAGGUUCAGCUGCCGAUGGUUGGGGAACAGGUUGUUGUGCCUAGUGAGGUGGCCAUGGAAGAGGAGGAGGGUAGUGUGGUGCGGCUGCCCACCACGGCGGGCAAUCUUCUCCUCGGGGACAACCCUUUGUGGAGGUGGUGCUACCAUGCAUUUCGAAUGAGGCCCAGUGCGUGCGGGAUAACUCACUCCAGGUGGUUCGAAAGCACAAGGGGUACUCUAUCGCUCCAUCUGAUAGAACACUCCGGUCUACCACGACCAGGUCACGGAAUUCCUUCCAUGCGUUGUCUCAUGAUUAACGCUCUCUUCUGGAAUAUAAGAGGUUUGUCUAAACCCUCUUACUUUAGGCGUCUCAAGAUGCUUGACAGGCAAUAUCAUAUUCAGUUUUUUGUGCUUUGUGAAACUCGUGCUAACCCCAUGCUAGCUAAAGAUUUUCGGCAAAAGCUCCGUUUUGAUCAUGUAGUUUAUAAUUCUUCUAGUUCUCUCUGGUUAUUUUACAAUGAUCCUUUCAAUCUGGUAUUAGUGGGGGAGGGGGAGCAAUAUUUCUCCUUCCUCGCCCACCAUAGUUCCCUCCCUACCCCUGUGACGGUCUCCUUUGCCCAUGCAUUGUGCACGGGGGAGGGGAGACGGGAAUUGUGGAGCGGUUUGUUGCUAGAUAGGCCCUCUCAGGGGCCGUGGCUGGUGGGCGGGGAUUUUAAUGUGGUGGUGGAGGCGGGGGAGAAGAAGGGAGGCAGGGCUUUCCGUUUGUCUGAGGCUAUUGAUUUUUUGGAGUUUAUGUCUUCUGCGAAACUCUUUGACGCUGGGUUGUCGAUCUCGGUUUCUCAUCUUGCUAGGGAUCCAUCUGAUCACUCGCCCCUCUUGCUCUCUGUUGCUACACGGGUUGAUGGGAAGCCACGGUCAUUCCGAUUUAUAAAUGCGUGGACCUCUCACGCUAAUUUUAGGGGUGUAGUGCAGGCCUCCUGGCAACAAGGGUGUGUCGGCUCUCCUAUUCAAAUAGUUUGCACCAAGUUGGCCCGCUUGAAGACGGAUAUUAAGGUAUGGAAUAAGCAAUGCUUCAAAGAUAUUUUUGCAAACACUCGGAAGGCUGAGGAGGCCAAAGCGCAAGUUCGUUGGCUCGACUUGGGCGACAAGAAUACAAAGUUUUUCCACGCAGUUGUCAAGCAGAGGCGAUUACAAUCAGUAAUUCAUCGAAUUCAAGAUGGGCAGGGUAAUUGGUUAACAGCGGAGGAUGACAUCGGUGCAGAGUCGGUUCGGUAUUUCUCUUCACUCUUUUCGGCGGAGUCCACUUCGUCCUGGGAUUUGUCAUCCGUUAUUCCCAAGCUCCUCCAGCCGGCCGACCAUGAUAAGUUGGAGGAGGUCCCAACAAUGGAGGAGGUAAGGCGUGUGAUCUUCAGUAUGGACGGGGAUAGUGCGGCUAGUCCUGAUGGGUUUUCUGGAAAAUUUUUCACCUUUGCUUGGGAAAUAAUUGCUCAGGACAUAUAUAGUGCGGUGGUUAGCUUCUUCUGUGGAGCGGAGUUGCCGCGGAGGGUCACUGCUACGUUACUUGUGCUCAUUCCCAAGGUGCAGAACCCAAGCUCUUUUGCUCAGUUUCGGGCCAUAAGCCUGUGUAACUUCCUAAAUAAGGUCUUGUCGCGGAUCCUUGCUGAGAGAUUGGCCACUCUCUUGCCCCGCAUUAUAUCCCCUAAUGAAAGUGGGUUUGUCCGAGGUCGUCAAAUUUCGGAUAACUUCCUACUGGCGCAGGAGGUGCUUACGGGUAUGGGACGAAAGAAUAGGGGGGGAAAUGUUGAUUUGAAAUUGGAUAUGGCAAAGGCUUACGAUAGGGUGUCGUGGGUCUAUCUGGUUAAUGUCCUUCGUGCUUUUGGGUUUGGUGAAAGGUGGAUAGACAUGGUUUGGUGGUUGGUUUCCAACCCUUGGUUUUCUGUUCUCAUUAAUGGGGUGCCGUGUGGCUUUUUCCCUGCUUCACGAGGGCUCGGGCAGGGGAACCCUCUAUCCCCUUCCUUGUUUAUCUUGGGUGCGGAGGUCCUGUCUCGCCUGUUAAACCAACUUCAUUUGCAUCCUGGGUUUGGUGGCUUCAAAGUUCCUAGGGCUUGCCCUCCCAUUACCCAUCUAGGGUUUGCCGAUGACAUCCUUAUCUUUUCUAGUGCAGCGGCGUCCUCUUUAAAGUUGUUAAUGGUGUCUCGGGCCAGCGGAUAA